AUGAUUGAUAAUUUGACAGCUUAUAUACUUACUAUAAUUUUAGGUGCAAUAAGUUUUUUAAUUUAUAAAUCUUUAAUCGAACCUUUUUACUUGUCACCACUACAUAAAAUACCUGGCCCACCUUCUGAAAAUAUUUUGUUUGGAAAUCUCCUAAAUUUUAUGAAUUCCGAUGUUGGAAAACCUCAUUUAGAUUGGAAAAAGAAAUAUGGAGGAAUAAUUGUAUAUCACGGAUUUUUGAACCAACCAUUUGUACUUUUAACAGAUCCUAAAUACUAUCCACAAAUAUUAACUUCUUAUGAAUUUACUAAAGCAAAAAGUAUGAGUGCUAAUUUAAAAAUUAUAACAGGAGAGGGAAUUUUGUUUGCUGAAGGUGAUCAACACAAACGUCAAAGAAAAAUGAUGAAUCCAGCAUUCUCUGUUACAAACUUGAAAGAAAUGCUCCCUACAAUCAUCAAUGCUGCUAGUAAAUUAAAUGAUGCAUUGAAUGAUCUGAUUGGUGAUCAAAAUGAAAAACGAAUUACAAAUAUUAAUUCAUAUACAUCAAAAGUUACAUUAGAUGUUAUUGGCUUAGUUGCAGCUGCUUAUGAACAAAUGUUUGAUACUAAAUUAACAUUCAAGAGUUUCAUGUUAAUGAUUUUGUCAAAUAAAUUCAAAUGGAUUAGAUCUUUGCCAUUUGAAGAAAAUAUAAAAUUAGCUAAAUCUAUUAAAGUCACUGAAAAAUUUUCCUUGGAACUAAUUGAAGAAAGACAAAAACAGGCACAAUUAAAAAAAUUGGAAGGAAAAGAUUUGUUGUCUUUAUUAAUCAAUAUCAAUCAAGACUUGCCACCAGAAGAAAAAAUGUCUGAAUCAGAAUUAAAAUAUCAAAUUAUGACAUUUUUAGCAGCUGGUCAUGAAACCACAGGUAUUGCACUUGCUUGGGCAUUAUAUUUACUUGCCAAGCAUCCAGAGGUUCAAGAUCAUCUUCGUCAAGAAUUAUUGGAAGCUUCAUCAGAUCCUGAUUUGGAAACAUCAUUUGAUAAAAUGAAUUCCUUAGAAUAUUUAAAUUGUGUAUUCAAAGAAACUAUGAGAAUCAUCCCACCAGUACCAGCCAUAGCAAGAAGUUGUGAAACUGACACAACAAUUGAUGGAUACUUUAUUCCAAAAGAAACACCAAUUAUAGUAUCAUUAUAUGCAGUUCACCAUGAUUCAAAAAUUUGGGGAGAAGAUCAUGACAAAUUUGAACCAUCAAGAUGGUUAAAUCCAAAGUUAACAUCAGAAAUAAAUAAUUAUAACUAUUUACCAUUUUUAACAGGUCCAAGAUCUUGCAUAGGUUAUAAAUUAGCUACAAUUGAAUUUAAGAUUAUUUUAUUUUCUUUAAUAAAAAACUUCAAAUUCAGGGAAGUUGAAGGUCUCCAGAUCAAAAGGAAAAUUGGCAUUGUUACUAGACCUGAACCUGGAAUUGACCUUUAUGUUUCAAAAGUGCAAUAA